CCUACAUACAUCAUAUGUGAGGCUAACGCAAUAAAAAGUUAUCAGUUUUGUCCGUAACGUAUCAAAGACUGCACUGUCCCGUCCUCAUUUAUAUAUAAUUUAUUAAAUUAUAAAUGUUAGUGGAUAAAAAGGAUGGCGAAAUCAAAGGAGAUGAAAUCUAAAGUGAAAAUGGAAGGUGAAUUCAUCCCCCCGGACGGAGGCUGGGGGUGGAUGAUUAUUAUUGCCGCUGGAUUUUCUAACCUGUCGGCUCUGCCGAUGCUGCAGCAGUUCGGGCUGUUGUUCCGCGACAGGUUCUCCAGCCUCGGCAUCACCAGCUCGGAGACCACCACCAUCAUUAACAUGAACUCGGCGCUGACCUCUUGCGUCGGUUUAGCCAACGGGCCAGUAUUUAAAACAUUCACAUACCGCCAGGUGUCGCUGGCUGGAGCGUGCGUGGUCUUCGUUUCAUUAGUUCUGUGCACAUUUUCGUACAACUUCGUCACCUACCUCGUAUCGUUUUCUAUACUCUAUGGUGCUGGAUACGGAAUAAGCAGCUCAGCUAAUGCACUUGCUUUAAACACUUACUGGAAGAAUAGAAGACGUCUAGCGACCGGCCUCUCAUGGACUACCACAGGGCUUGGGCCUAUGUUAUGGCCACACAUUAUUACCGGUCUGAUCUAUCUCUUUGGCGAAGAUGGAUGCAUUCUUCUUAUAAGUGGGUUUUCCUUACAUGCCAUCGCUUGCGCAUUACUACUUCAACCAGUGGAAUGGCACUGCAAAUCUACUAAUCAAGAAAAUGGUGACGAAGAAAAAUUAUUGGGCUCUGAACAAUCUGACAAAAAGGAUAAAGAAAGUGGUUAUUUCAGCAAUAUGUCAAAAUUUAAGAAUAUCAGUGCUUUUUCCAGUCAGUAUAUUUAUAAUGAGGAUGAUCCAGUUAAUACAGGAUAUGAAAUCACGGACCCAGGAGUGCCCAUGAUGUUGCGUGCCAACGACGGCUAUUUCAGUCAAUCAAGACAAUCGAGAAGCAGGAUAUCUUCAAGGGAUGGCUCAGCUAAAACUUCCCGCAUGAAUUCAAAAAAACCUUCAUUGUCAAAUCUAACUGAAAAUCGAUCUCGCAAAUCUUCUACGUUAUACCUUAACGAAUCUAAAAAAAACUCUGCUGUAAAUUUAGGAGCCAUGGCUCAAGAAAGAGACAAUUAUAAACCGAAAAGAAAAACUUCGAUCACCCAAACGCAGAUUCCAGAAUCGGAAAUAGAAGACUGCCCGACACUUAAAGCUCCUCAAGAUCUUAAAGCUGAUGAAAAGGUAGUUGUUGAAAAUAUAGAUCCAGAAAAAGCUAAAGUUAUUGCAGAUAAGGCUGAAAAACAUUUAGCUGGCAGUAAAAGUCUAAAAUCAUUCAAAAUGGAAGGUCAGUAUGGCGAGACAUAUAACAAAGACAAUCAUAGCAAUAUAUCGUUUAAAAAUCAAGACGAUGUUGAUGAACGAAAAUAUUUAAGAGAUAAUGCCAGCAACCAAUCAUACCGUACUAGAUAUAGACGUAAAUCGAAUAAUUUUAAUUACGAAAGUGAAGUGUUAAAACAAGCUUCUUUGAAAUUAGAACAAUAUGUAAAAGAUAACGAAGACCCUGAUAAGUUCAAAUUGUUAAUUAAUGGCCAGUUAGAUGAUGAUGUGUUUGAAGAAAAAACAGAAAACAAGGAUGUUGAAGAUGAUGAUGAAGUAGAGCUUACGUUUUGUCAAAAAGUGGCAAUAUUCUUCGAUUUAGAUUUGCUGAAAGACUUUACUUUCAUUAACUUAAUGCUCGGAAUCACGUUAGCUAACUUUAAUGAACUAAAUUUCUCUAUCCUAACGCCAUUUCUACUAGGUGAUUACGGUAUGAGUAAAUCUGAAGUGGCUUUCUUUAUGUCGUUGCUAGCGGGAGUGGACAUUUGCGUCAGAUUCUGCAUCCCUUUCGUUGCUGGGAAAAUAGGAUGGGACAACAAUUCGUUUUUCCUCUUUGGUGUCUUAUCAAUGGCAAUGGGUAGAGUGGUUCUCGCCUACUACCAGACGUACUCCGUAGUGCUCUUGGUGGCGGUAAUGAUCGGCUUCGGCAAGGGCCUGCGGACGGUGUUCAUGGCGCUGGUGAUCCCCACCCACGUGCCGCUCCACAAGCUGCCCGGGGCUACCGGCAUCCAACUGCUCACGGCCGGCAUCGCGUAUCUGGUGUUGGGACCUAUUGUUGGUUGGAUAAAAGACAAUGCCUCGACAGCUGUCACAUUACAUUGUUUAAACAUAUUCACGUGGCUCACAGCUCUCUCGUGGGGCCUUGAAAAAUACAUCAGAUCGAAGCAACAGCCCGUAACUGUAACCAAAGAAGACAUUAUUAAAACAUAAUUAAGUAAUCAUAAAAU